UCGAGUACUCGAGCUCGCGAGCCCCAAGCCCGACAGCCGCACGGCCAGGCAGCGACGCCAUGGCGCGGCACCUCGCGCGACCAGGAAGCUUCCACCGCCUCCUCGCCUCCCGGCACUACCCGCCCUCCUCCCCGGUGCCACCCCCGCGGCCUCUCCCUCUCCUCCUGCUCCCUAGAACCCUAAUACCGUCCUCCGCCGCCGCCGCCGCCGCAGCAACAAUGGGAUUUCCUCGUCGAGGGCGACGCGACGUCGCAGCCGCCUCCGCCCCGGCGUCCUCCUCGUCGGGGACGGAGGUAGCGCCGGGGGCCUGGGGCAAGGUCUCCGCCGUGCUCUUUGACAUGGACGGCGUGCUCUGCAACAGCGAGGAGCCCUCCCGCCGCGCGGGCGUCGACGUGUUCGCAGAGAUGGGCGUCGACGUUACUGUGGAUGACUUUGUUCCUUUCAUGGGCACAGGUGAGGCCAAUUUCCUUGGAGGUGUAGCGAGGGUGAAAGGAGUGAAAGAUUUCAACACUGAAAGUGCCAAGAAGCGUUUUUUUGAGAUAUAUCUUGACAAGUAUGCAAAACCAAAUUCUGGCAUUGGAUUCCCUGGGGCUCUGGAUCUCAUAAUGGAGUGCAAAAAUGCAGGUUUAAAGGUUGCUGUUGCAUCUAGUGCUGAUAGAAUUAAGGUUGAUGCAAAUCUGGCUGCAGCUGGUUUGCCUAUAUCGCUAUUCGAUGCCAUUGUUUCUGCUGAUGCAUUUGAAAAUUUGAAGCCUGCUCCAGACAUUUUCUUGGCAGCAUCUAAAAACUUAGAUGUUGAUACAGAUGAGUGCAUUGUGAUAGAAGACGCACUCGCUGGAGUUCAAGCUGCAAAAGCUGCAGAAAUGAGAUGUAUUGCUGUGACAACUACUUUGGAGGAAGAUGCAUUACAGCAAGCCAGUCCCUCGCUCAUACGGAAGAACAUCGGAGAUAUUUCAAUUAGAGAUAUUUUGUAUGGUGGUUCCAAUGCUUACCACAUUGGUGCAGAUGAACGAACAGAAAAUAUUGAGAAUAUUAGUUCCUUAGGCAAAUCUUCACCUGAGAUUCUGAAUGGAGCAACUAAUUCUGAAUCUGCUCUGAGCACAAAUUCUCCAAGCUCGAAUGAUCAUUCCCGUGAAGGGUUGUUAGGUUCUCGUCGAGACAUAAUAAGAUAUGGAAGUCUUGGAAUAGCUGUUUCCUGUCUUAUCUACACAAUCAGAAAUUGGAAGGCCAUGCAGUUUGUAUCUCCCAAAGGGCUGUUUAAUUAUUUGACAGGUGGCGAUAGUUCGAUAUUUGCUAAUAAUGAAGGAAAACCACUCACAUCAAGGAUUCAACAAAUUAAAAAGUAUUUAGCUGAUUUUGAAACUGGAGGUUCUGCCACAUAUGUACCUGGGUUUCCAAGAAAGCUUGACUGGUUGAAUACAGCGCCACUUCAGUUUGGAAGAGAUUUAAGGGGAAGAGUGAUCCUAUUGGAUUUCUGGACCUAUUGCUGCAUCAAUUGCAUGCAUGUCUUGCCAGACCUGGAGUUUAUAGAGAAGAAGUAUAAAGAUAAACCUUUCACUGUUAUUGGUGUGCACUCUGCCAAAUUUGAUAAUGAAAAAGAUCUUGAAGCCAUCAGAAACGCUGUUCUACGCUACAACAUUACUCAUCCGGUUGUAAAUGAUGGGGACAUGUACUUGUGGAGAGAACUUGGGGUGAACUCUUGGCCUACAUUUGUUGUUAUUGCUCCCAAUGGAAAGGUUUUAGCACAGAUAUCUGGUGAAGGUCACAGAAAGGACCUUGAUGAUGUGGUUGGUGCAGCACUUGAGUUUUAUGAAGAAAGGAAAUUGUUAAAAAAUAAUUCUCUUCCCUUGGCAUUGGAGAAGGAUAAGGAUAAUCGUUUACUAGCUUCACCUCUUAAGUUUCCUGGGAAACUUGCAGUAGAUGUACUGAACAAUCGAUUGUUUAUAUCAGACAGCAAUCAUAACCGAAUUGUGGUCACCAACCUGGAGGGAGAAUUUUUAUGUCAAAUUGGAAGUUCUGAAGAAGGACUACUUGAUGGUUCAUUUGAUACCGCCUCAUUUAAUCGUCCUCAAGGUCUCGCAUACAAUGCCAAAAAGAAUAUCCUAUAUGUCGCAGAUACUGAGAACCAUGCACUGCGAGAGAUUGAUUUUGUGAAUGAGACUGUCAAAACACUAGCUGGAAACGGAACAAAAGGUUCUGAUUACAAAGGAGGAGGUCAAGGAACUAAUCAGGUUCUAAAUUCACCAUGGGAUGUCUGCUAUGAUUCUUCAAAAGAUACUCUGUAUAUCGCAAUGGCUGGUCAACACCAGAUCUGGAAACACAACACAAUGGCUGGUGUAACAGAAGUUCUCAGUGGUGAUGGCUACGAGAGAAAUUUGAAUGGCUCGAGCUCCACCAGGACAUCGUUUGCACAACCAUCAGGGAUUUCGUUAGCUCCUGAAUUGCAGGAGUUAAUUGUUGCUGACAGUGAGAGCAGCUCCAUUCGAGCUGUUAAUUUGAAGUCUGGAGGCUCAAGAUCUCUAGCUGGGGGAGAUCCAAUGAUUGCAGAGAAUUUGUUUAGGUUUGGAGACCAUGAUGGGACUGGCUCAGAUGUGUUACUUCAGCAUCCAUUAGGCGUUGUCUAUGCUAGUGAUAAUCAAAUAUAUGUUGCGGAUUCUUACAAUCACAAGAUAAAAAGGUUAGAUCCUGUCACAAGGAAAGUUAUGACAAUUGCUGGCACAGGACGUGCAGGAUACAAAGAUGGUCCGGCCUUGUCAGCUCAACUAUCUGAACCAGCAGGACUUGUUGAAGUUGGAGAAGGAAAGCUUCUUGUAGCAGAUACAAACAAUAGCACAAUCAGAUAUAUAGAUCUCAAUGAGAAAGGUGCUGAGGUGCGCACGCUAGAUUUGAUAGGAGUGAAGCCACCAUCACCAAAACCAAAGGCAUUGAGACGUCUAAGACGACGUCUAUCAGCAGACACAAACGUUAUUAACAUUGACGGUGGUUCUUCCAUGGAAGGAUAUCUUUCUCUUGCAAUAUCAGUCCCUGAUGGUUAUCAUUUCUCCAAGGAAGCUCGCAGUAAAUUUGAUGUGGACAUAGAGCCAGCUGAUGCGGUUGAAAUAGAGCCAGUUAAUGGAUUUCUAAAUUCAGAGGGGCAGGCAUCACUCAAGUACAAAAGGACAUCUUCAUCAUCAACAACAGGAAGGAUCAACUGCAAGGUUUACUACUGUAAAGAAGACGAAGUUUGUCUUUACCAAUCUGUUGCUUUUGAUGUCAAAUUUCGAGAAGAGGCAAUAUCCAGUCCAGCUCAGAUUACUCUUUCCUAUACUGUGGUACCAAGAGAUAAUUCAAGUAGUGCAUUAAUAGCCGCUGGAAGGAACGGCAGGGUAUAGUUAGAUCUAGGAAGAUUAUUUAUUACUGUUAGUUCCUUUCUGAUUGUGAAUUUGGCUUUAGUGCCACAAAGGUAAGCCCUUUUUUGAGGGUUCUAGAACUCCAACUGCCUUUGGAUGGUGUAUACUGUAAUAUAUUUAUGCAUGACUUGCUGCCUCUACCCUAGAUCCGUUCGUUAUAUAUAU